CCGGAGUCAAGCCUCACAACAACCACCCGCUGACGGAGAAUGACAGAGCAUGGCCUUCCUGGAAAUGAUAUUAGUUUUAUUUCUGCAGUUUGAAGGUGUCAGAGGAGGAGAAGUCUUUGUUUAUUACAGACCAGGAAGUGAUGUCAUGCUACCCUGUGACCAUGUGUUGUCAACAUGCUACAACAUUAGCUGGUUUUACAACAGAGAUAUAUCUAAAACUAUAGGUGAAGUUGAUAGUGGAAAAGUUAAGGUCUCAGCUCGAGCUUCCAGACUGAGUCUGUCCAGUAACUGCUCUCUGGUCAUCAACAACGUCGCUGCUGAGGAUGCUGGUCUCUACACCUGUCGGCCUGGAAGAACCAAUGACUUGGAUACACGUGUGUAUCUAAAUAUUUUGACUAUCUCUCCAUCUCCAGCAGACGCUGAUCCAAAGAUGGAUGGAAAUGUCACAUUAAAGUGCUCUCUGUUAAGAUACGGAGGAUUACCUCGUUGUCAACUAAACAGCAUCCGCUGGCUGAAUGAGUCAGGAGCUGAGCUGGAUGGAGCUCGGUUUGAGGUCGAUGGACAGAAGAACUGUGUUUCUUAUCUGACUGUGAAGCAUCAGAGUGGAGACAACAGCGGAUACACUUGCCAGUUUGUUGACAGAGGCAGUGUGAAGAUAGAAGCUCACUACACUCCUGUCUUCUUAGGUGCCGGAGGAGGACUUGUCUAUGUUUAUUACAGACCAGGAAGUGAUGUCAUUCUACCCUGUGACCAUGUGUCCUCAACAUGCUCCAACAUUAACUGGCUUUACAACAGAGAUGCAUCUUCUAAAACUAUAAGUGAAGUUGAUAGUGGAAAAGUUAAGGUCUCAGCUCGAGCUUCCAGACUGAGUCUGUCCAGUAACUGCUCUCUGAUCAUCAACAACGUCACUGCUGAGGAUGCUGGUCGAUACACCUGUCGGCCUGGAAGAACCAUUGACUUGGAUACACGUGUGUCUCUAAAUAUUUUGACUAUCUCUCCAUCUCCAGCAGACGCUGAUCCAAAGACGGAUGGGAAUGUCACAUUAAAGUGCUCUCUGUCAAGAUACGAAGGAUCCCCUCGUUGUCAACUAAACAGCAUCCGCUGGCUGAAUGAGUCAGGAGCUGAGCUGGAUGGAGCUCGGUUUGAGGUCGAUGGACAGAAGAACUGUGUUUCUUAUAUGACUGUGAAGCGUCAGAGUGGAGACAACAGCAGAUACACCUGCCAGUUUGUUGACAGAGACAGUGUGAAGAUAGAAGCUCACCACACUCCUGUCUUCUCAGAUGUCCCAGACUCCUCAGACUCCACUCACCGGUCUGCACUGGGCUACGUCAUGCUGCUCCUGAAGAUCAUAGGACUGAUCCUGUUCAUUGUGAUCACCGUUCUCAUCAUCAGAGGCAAAGGAAGAAAGAAGUCACUGGAAGACAAGAAUGUUCAUGAUGACGAUGCCAUUGCUGAUGAUGCACCCGACUAUGAAAAUGCAGCUUCUGCACCGCACUGAACCAGCUUCAGCUCAUCAUUUACUUUCUCUUCUGUCAUGCACACUCAACCACAUACAAUGUGUAGCCAAUGCACCUUAUACACAUGCACCUAAUCACACACACACACACACACACACACACCUUUUGUGUUUUUAUAGUUUAUAUAUUUUAUAUAUUUACUACUAUUGUAACAUUCUUUUUCAAACCUGCAUGUCCCUGUGUUUCUCAUCCUCAUCAAGCUGAUGGAAAUGUGACUUUCUCAUAAAGAUGACUACAGUAUCUGUCUUUCUAUCUUUCUAUCAGUUUGUAAUCAUUGAUAGAAAUCUACCAUAAGACAUCCGUCUUCAGUAAAAUUUUAGAUCUAUAGAUUUCAGUCACACAUCACAGUUGUUUACAAGUUGGUACUAUUUGUGCCAUCACCACAUAUUAUUUGAAAUGAGCCAAAUUAAGGAAGUUAAGAGGCCAAUAAUGCUGUUUCAUUGUGUCUUUCGUAGGUGUCAGGAAGGAGAUUGUUUAACGGUGGUGUAAGCAGUGAGACUUCUGUUUUCCCAUGAAUAAGUCAUCUAGAGGCAUAGCUAUUUAUAUCUGGACACAGGUUUCUGCUUUGUAAAUGUUUGAUGUGCAAAUAUGAAUAAAGCUGA